AUGUUAGUUACAGCAAAAUGGAAGAGUUAUGGACACUGGUUUCUGAGCCUUCAAGCAGUACUCUAUGUCAUCUUCUUACUACUCUUGUCUUAUUCUUUGCUGCAAGCUUCAACAAAAGUAGACCCUAACCGUUACAGCAGUGCAGCAGACUCAUUGCGGGGAUUUUGCGAGGUUACCACUCUUUUGAUAGUUGCCUGUUAUAUCUCUGAAGAAAUCAAUCAAAUGAAGACAGAGGGGCUCUCAUACUUCUCAGAGUGGAUGACUCUGUUUGAUUGGUUAGGUCUGCUGUUGAUCGUGUGUAUAAUACCUUUACGGUACACUGGUAGUAAAGCUCAGUGGGUUCUGGCAUCGUUAGCUUUCUUGUUCAACUUCUUGAGACUAUUUAAAUUUUCCUGCCUGACAAGGACUACAGGAUUAUACACAAACACUUUGGCUAAGAUCAUUCAACAAGAUUUGACACGCUUCAUGGCGGUUUUUUCUGUGAUCUUUCUUCCCUACUGUACUUCCUUGUUUCUAUCACUCCGUUCCUCCUCAGUUAAAACCCACGAAUUAAGCGAUUUUGAAGAUAUUUUGUGGAGCGGUUUGCGCACUUUGUCUGAACAGCGACCAAUUGUGGACGAUUACUCAACCUUCAACUGGCUCUCAAUACUGUUAAUGAUGGCGUACAUGGGGACAGUGAUUGUGAUUCUUCUCAACAUACUCAUUGCACAGAUGAGCACGACCUACAUUCAGGCCAAGAAAGUCGCCCGUCUGGAGUAUGAUGUGGAUCGUAUUUUGCAGCUCACUCGUAUGGAGAGAUUUCCUUUUCUGCAUUUGCGCAUGAAAUAUUACAAAGAGGGCGGUUGGAUCAGUGAAAAGAAACUUGCUGAAGAGCUUCUAGAAUUCCAUGAAGAUCGCAAUCCCUGGGAAUCAGUGGAAGCGAAGCUAAAUGCGAUCAGGAAUAUGAUGAGAAAAUUGGUGAAACAGAAGAGGCUUGGUAGAGAAUGA